AUGCCCCAGCAUCUAAAGUAUAGACAACAGAUAGAUAUUUGCACAGACUGUGGGGAAACACAAAAUAUAAUAGAAGAUCACAGAAGUGGAUAUAAUGUUUGUGGAAACUGUGGCGUGGUUCUGGGAAAUCGUAUAAUUGAUGAAACCAGCGAGUGGAGAAACUUCGAAGACAGCCACAAAUCCGAUCCGUCGAGAGUUGGAAGUGCAUCUAAUCCGUUUUUAGAUUCAGAACAACUCGACACAAUGAUUUCUGCAGGAAAAGGAAUGAAUUCGCACACACUUUCCAAAAUUCAAAUGAAGAACUACAUGAGGGGACCAAAGCGUGCUCUGAAAAAUGGAUUGAACUUGAUACAAGCAUUUUGUGAGAGAUCCAACAUCUGCAAGACCAUUUGCGACAGGGCCCAGCACAUUUUUAAGAUGGUAGAAUCACAGAAGCUUCUGAAAGGCAAGAAUUUAGAGGGCUCUGUUGGAGCCUGUCUCUACAUUGCUUGUAAACUGGAGAAUGCGCCACGCACAUUUAAAGAAAUUAGUGUAAUAACAGGCGUACAAAAGAGAGAAAUAGGUCGAUGCUACAAGCUAAUAGCCAAAGAUGUAGACACAAACAACUAUGCACCAACGGGUGACAUUGUUUCAAGAUUCUGUGCAGAUUUGAAUCUGAGUCUUAAAAUUCAAAGAGUGGCAUCAACAAUUUCCCAGAAGACAUAUGAAAUUGGUGCACUUACGGGAAAAAGCCCCGAUUCAAUAGCUGCAGCGAUUAUCUAUUUGGUUUUAAACAUCUUUCCAGAGCAUAAAGAUUUACAAAAGGACAUUCAUUUAGUUGCUGGUGUGACUGAAAUAACAAUCAAAAACACAUAUAAAGAUCUUCUUGCUUUUAAAGACGAGAUCAUACCUGAGGAUAUUCUUGAUAAAAGGACGAUUGAUAAGUUAUCAAAAGGGUAG